AAAAAACCCACCAUAAUCUAAACAAAGCAUGAGUACACGAAAUCAAACCCUUUUUCUUUGACCAAAAAAAGGCCUUUAUUUGGGGUACACAGAAAUAAAUGCAAAGUGCACCUUCCUAUAUAUAUAAAUGAAAUCUUGGGCAUUGUUAGGUGGCAAAAGUAGAGUACGUAGUUCUGGGGAUACAGGGGUAGUGGGGUGUUGGGGAAGGUGAAGCUGAAGGUGAAGCUGAAGGCCAAGAUCGGAUCAGUAAUGGCAAGCUACACUGUCCUAUUUAAAAUUAUUCUGGUCCUUCUUAGUCUCUCAGAUUCAGCUGUUCAUGUCCUCAGCCUGAGCUUCGGGAUCAACUAUGGACAAAUAGCCAACAACCUACCAUCUCCCUCAAGAGUCUCCGUCCUUCUCCAAACUCUAAACGUCAGCAGAGUGAAACUCUACGACGCGGACCCGAACGUCCUCCAAGCAUUCUCAAACUCACAAGUUGAUUUCAUCAUAGGACUCGGCAACGAAAAUUUGCAGAACAUGAAGGAUCCUCUCAAGGCCCAAGCUUGGAUCCAGCAGCACGUCCAGCCUCACCUUCCCCAGACAAAAAUCACCUGCAUCACCGUGGGAAACGAAAUCCUCGGCGGAAACGACACUCAGCUCAUGUCGUAUCUCCUCCCUGCAAUGCAAUCUGUCUAUAGAGCUCUUGUUGAUCUUGGACUCUCCAAGCAAGUUACUGUCACAACAGCACAUUCUCUUACUAUUUUGGGAAACUCCUACCCUCCUUCAUCUGGGAGUUUUAAGCAAGAUCUUGCUCAGUAUAUCCAGCCAAUUCUCAGUUUCCAUGCACAAGUUAAUUCACCUUUUCUCAUAAAUGCAUAUCCAUAUUUUGCUUACAAGGACAACCCUGGAGAAGUUCCAUUAGAGUAUGUGCUUUUUCAGCCUAAUUCUGGCAUGGUUGAUUCAGUUACCAAUCUGCACUAUGACAACAUGUUGGAUGCUCAGAUUGAUGCUGUUUAUGCUGCCAUCAAGGCAAUGGGGCAUACCGAUGUGGAAGUGCGAAUCUCCGAGACGGGUUGGCCUUCGAAGGGGGAUCCGAAUGAGGCCGGAGCCACGCCGGAGAAUGCAGGGCUGUACAAUGGGAAUUUGAUGAGGAAACUUGAAGAGAGGAAAGGAACUCCGGCUAAGCCUUCUGUUCCAAUAGACAUUUAUGUUUUUGCACUUUUUAAUGAGGAUUUGAAGCCUGGCCCUGCAUCAGAAAGGAAUUAUGGGCUCUAUUAUCCUGAUGGCACACCAGUUUAUGAUAUUGGCUUCAAGGGUUAUCUCCCUGAGCUAACCUUUACUGCCGACUCAAAUAAAAAUAAUGUCUUGUCCAUCUUCAACUUUCUGAUCUUUCUUACUGUGUACUUAUUAUUAUCUGAUUAAUGCUCCUAAAUUUUGAGCUCGAUCCUAAAUCAAUUGGUCAAAGAAGUGGUUCGCAUCAAGUUCGUUCAAAUGUUUGGGGACUUGGGAGCCAACAUAUGCAUGAAGAAUUCCUCAAGAUUUUUCCAGGGCAAAAGGAGUUCUACAGUCUGAUAGGUUAUAGCUUUAAUGAAUUCUUAUACUGUAUAUCUAUAUUUGCUAAGUAAACCAGGGCCAAUAUUUAUUUACCACAUCAUUUACAUUUUACACCUUGCUGAAUAAUGGAAGAGGAUCACUAUUAUUUUCAUUUUCAA